UACUCUAAUACCUAUUUACUAUUUAGUAUUAAUUGCUAGUAAUUAUUUAUUGUGAGUUAGUGAUUUACGACCACUAAAUUUGGCAUUCGUUAGUAGUUCAAUACUUCAAUACUUGGUGAUUACUCCGUGGCUGUGCUUUCCUUUAAUUGCGUUUUUGCGUUUAAUCAUAAAAUUAACGUUUCCAAAUUUACAAUAACCAUUGACUAUUUCAUUAGAUAUAUAUAUCUACAAUAGAUACAUAUAUCGUUACAACAAUAUAUUGUUGUAACGUUAAUUAUAUAAGAUUUUAGUGCUCCAAACAUUUUAUAUUUUAAUACAUUUUAGGUAAUAAUUAAAUAAACGUAGAUUGAAAGGAGAAUGUCGAGAAUCGAGAGGAAUAUUUGUUAAUUAUAAUCUACCUAUAUAUUUUGGUUUAUUGAUCAAAUCUUAAAGGUUGAGAAUCUAGAAGAUAUGGAUAUAUGGAUAAAUAGGAUAUCUGCACUUAAAAGAAAAAAGAAUCAAAGUGACCGAACUGAUCCGAAUGAUGAAUCAGAAAAAAUGUAUCAAGAGAUCCUUAAUGGUUCUUGCUUACCCGAAACAAUUAUAAAUAAAUACAUGGAAUUGAUAACUAAAUUUUCUCCCAACACAUUGUACGCGUUCAAUACUAAUUUUUUCACCGCCCUUUCUGAUCACGGAUAUUCCCGCAUUCAUCGGUGGACCAAAAAUGUUGAUAUAUUUUCAAAAGAAAGAUUGUUUAUCCCUAUUUAUAUUAAACCAAAAAGGAUGUGGAGCUUAAUUAAUGUUAAUUUUCAAGACCGUUCAAUUAGAUAUUAUGAUAGCGUUGGAAGCGGAUACCGGGGUGGUAUGAGAUACCAAAAAUUAAUAUUGAAAUAUUUAAAACUGGAAUAUUUAAUGAGAAAGCAAAAAUUUUUUUGUACAACCCGUUGGAAGUAUAUUAAUGUGAAUAAUUUACAUUAUGGAUUUAAGUUUUGGGAUAGUGGAAUAUUUGUGUGUCUUGUUGCACACCACUUUGCACGGAACACAUCAAAAGAUGCUAAAUUGACUAUUACUUCAAAAUCCGUUGGUAGUCAAGAAAACGUCAAGGAAAAACUUAUAUUGCAACUUAAAAAGAACUCUUUAAAAAUUCUACAAAAGAUUUAAAGAUCUUUAAAUUAAAUAUAAUAUUAUGUUCUAUAAGUUUGGUAUGUGUUAUUUAUGUUGAAACACCCUUAUGAAUUAUUCAGUUUUAAUGUUAAUAAACCAAUAAUAAAUAAGUAAUUAUAUUUUGAUAAAUUAAAUAUUGA